AUUCCUGUAUCGGGAAGCUGUAAGGAUUUGCGGGAAAAGAGGUCUAAAGGGAGAUAGUCAAAAUAUGCAGGUAAUUGCCUUUUCCCUACUGCUGCUCUCCAUCAUCGCUGGUUCAAAUGCACGGUUUCAACGUAAUUCAAAAAGAGAAAUCAAAGAUGAACGAAAAAAAGGGAAUACGCUGAUUGAGGAUUUAGCAGAAGCUGAGAAUCCUAUCAACUUACGCAGUAUCUGCGACGUUAACUAUGUGAAAGUCGGAUGCUUCAAAGAAGACAGCAACGACAGAGCGCUUUCACAGGAACUUUUCCAAGACCGGACGCCAAACAGCGUGGACUGGACUGACUACAGCACAUACCUCAAGAAUCUGGCAUGCCGUUGCGCCAAAAUCAGUGCCCAGAAAGGUUUUACUUACUUUGGUCUCCAAGACUACGGACGGUGCUUCAGUGAUCCACAUGCCUCAACAGGUUACAGCAAGAACGGAGGCUCAAACGAUUGCUCUAAUCAACACUACCAAUCGUGUGAUGACAAUGCUUACGGGGAGUGUGUAGGCAAAAGCAAACAAGUGAAUUACAUAUACCAAAUCAGUGUCGAUGAUGGCAGUGGUAAUGGUGGGAUUGACUAUGGCAACGCAUACGAUCAAGUCGACCUUAAAGACUUGAAUACCUACAAUUAAUCAAAUCCAGAUGUAAUAUAGGUCCUCUCAAUUGUUCCCUUCUUUAUGUUCUAAGUUAGGCACCGAGCUAUUUUCGUAUUGAGAUUUUCUUUCUUUUCAUUUCAAUGGGUGUUGAAAAGCGCUUUUUUGGAUCAUUGUUUGUUGCCUAAGAAGUACAGGGGUGCAUAAAUAAAAAAUAAAAUAAAAUUAUAAUGAUA